UGAUUUAGACCCUUAUCAACAUCCCGCCAAAAAGACGACCAAAAAAAAAAACUUUUCACUGUGUUGUGCAUUGUAGUGUUUUGUUAUUCAUUAUUAUUACACAGAAAAAAGAAUCAAUUACACGUAUUUGGAUUUGGACACUACUGUGAGACCCACUUGUAGCUAACAGGCAUUAUAUAUAUUUGCUGUGCUUAUUUAAAGCCGUAAGUAGGUCAGUUGUCUAAUAUGUUUUUUAAAUAAAUUAUGUUUCUUAACGCAGCGGUUCUCAACCUGUGGGUCGCGACCCCCUUUGGGGUCGCGCGAUCCUUUCCCAGGGAUCGCCUAAGACCAUACGAAGACACAUAUACUCUACAGUUAUUAAGUAGCAACGAAAAUAAUUUUGAGUCUGGGGGUCGCCACAACAUGAGGAACUGUACUAAAAGGUCGCGACAUUAGGAAGGUUGAGAACCACUGCCUUAACAAGUCUGAAUCAAAAAUGUCCCAGAUAGGGAGACAAAGGCGAAGAAUAAGAGAAAGAAAGAGACAUUGGUAAUAAAUUUACUGUAAUAGAACCAUGCUACAUGACAAAUGUUUUCUAGUGAUGUUUGAUUGCAUACAUUAAAUGGUAAUAUUUUAUUAACAUAAAAUUACUAACAAGAACAUAUUUCUUUAGUUAUGUAAUAUUAAUGACGAGUAAAGAUUUCCUCACAUUAAGAACACAUUAAUAUCAAAUAAGUAAUAUUCUAAACGAUUUCUCAUACAUAUCGCAGUAAACAUAUUGUGUUGGUGAGAUAUGAGCAUGGAGAGGGGGCAAUAAAGGUGGAUUCUGUGUUGGAGAUCGUGGUGGAAAAGCGACAUAUCAUGAAUAAACCUUGACCCACUUAGAUUAUCACUCUUUUUUUCUGACUCAUCACUUCCAAGAACGUAGUAGAGGGGGAGGGAGGGGGCGGCCUGUCAGGACGGCAUUUAUUUUGCUAUCGGGGUGGCACAUUCUCAUGUUUCUACUAUAGAUGGCAAAUAUAUCUGGUUUGAUGUAUAUUGUGUGUUGUUGCCUACGUGAGUGAGAGGCGGAAACUAUCAACGACCGUUCAUGACUUCAGUCUCUAGCUUCUCCACUGAUAAGAUGGCAUGAUUUCAGUUGUAAGCGAUAAUUGCAUUGGCUUAAUUCUGAAUGAAGAUGCAUCCAUUUAUAGCAAAACUAUGACUAAUUAAGUACACACACAAAAAAACCACAAAUAUUGGGUGUGCUAUAUCAUCUGUAUCAUUUCAUUUAGAAUGCCAUCCUCGCCUAUCAGCCUUCAGCAUCUCCCCCAAUCAUUCACCGAUGAUUCUCUUUCAGGCCUCCUCCCUCCCUUGAUAUCUCCCCUCACGUAAUUCCACCAACAUCACUCCUCUAGAACUCCUUUGAACCUUACAUCUAACACGCAAACUACACCUCCCCCCUCUCCAAUAAACACUGCCCUUGACUCCCGGGACACGACGUUUCAUCUAUAUUCUCUUAACGUAUAGUUUCUUUCUCAACCCUAUCCACCACAUGUGCCUUGCAUUUACCAGAGAGCAUACUUGAAUCAAUUUAUAAAAUGUGUCUUAUAGUUAAAAUAUUAAUAUUAAUGUUUUGGAUUUAUGCAAUCCGGACACUUUGACUCUAUCAAAGGUUUAAAAGGAACAUUUUUUAGAGUGUUUUACAGAAUUUUUGUGUAAUAAUCAAAUAAAUUCUCAACAUUAUACAAAUAUAAAAUUAUGCAUUCUUACUUACUGAGAGCCGAAUGUUUAUAGGCUAUAAUUAUUAAACCCACUUACAGUAAUGCAUAGAGUAGAGAUCGGUCGGCGCAUGAUUCAUUAACAACACAUCAUGUACAGGGACCAACUGAUAUUUUUAAUUCAGUUACACGAAGUUUCGCUUGACAUGCAGUGUGUGGAGGCUUGAGUGCAGAUCGCAGGAAUGUGGAGCAAUGUUUAUUUCAGACUCAUUUCUGUAGGUCGGAGGGAUUUCUUUUAGGCGUUCAAGAUGGGGAAGCAUCUAUCAGCGCUGAAGCUAGACAUAAUGGUGCCCAGUGCCUGCUCUUGGAAAAACUUAAUUCUGGCUGUGACAUCUUGGGAUAUGCUUUUGGCGGCUUAGCCUUAAACCUAGAAUCUAUAUAGUCCAGCUAAAUAUAAAUGUAUGUGUGUGUGUAUAGAUAUAUAGAUAGAUAGAUGUAUAAUAUAUAUAUAUAUAUAUAUAUAUAUAUAUAUAUAUAUGUGUGUGUGUGUGUGUGAAAAUCUCUUUAAUUACAUCUAGUGCUUUCUUUAAGAUGAAACGGUGCCUCUGCAGUCACUUUGAUCGGGGGUGGCGGGGAAGAAGAAGAAAUCUAGGGCACCGAAGGCUCUCGGGUUAAGGUGGGGGGAGUGUCCUGAAAAGGGUCUUCGUAAUAAAAAUUUUGAUGAUAUAAUAUCCAGGGAUGCAUAUUAGAAAGUACCUGAAUUUGGUUUUGUAUCCUUCUAGAUUGAAAUCCUUUAUUUAUUUAUUUUAACUUAAUAUUAACGUCUUUUAUUCUUUCUAUUAAAAUUAUUUAUUUCCUUUAACUACUUCUCUUAAAUUGAGUUAUAAAAUUUAGUCUGAAAAGAUGACGGUACGUCGUUUUAUCACGUGCCCUCCAAGAAAGUAAUGCUAACAUCAUAAUCAUGUUAAACAAACAAUGAAACAAAUGCUAAAGUAAUACUCUUUUAGCAAUUAUUUAAAAAUCUUAGUAUACUAAAGUUUGAUUUUAUUCCAAGGUUUUUAAACAGAUAUAAUUUUGCAAAAAGUUAUAUAUAGAUCUAAUAAAACUUUCUUUUUUUUUAAUAAUCUUUUAAAUGAAUUGCAUAUUUAUGUUAAGAAGACAGGAGAUAGUUACAAAAGGUAUCAUAAUUAGUUCCUUUUUUUCUUUCUUUUUUUUUUUUUUUUUUUUUUUUUUUUUUUUGCUGGCAUCCGUCCGUUACAAUGUGACGAUGGAGUGGGCUUCGGAGGACGAAAUCCACAUGGCCUGGGAUUAUUCUUCAAGAAUUUAUAAGCUGGUUCCCAACAGCACAUUGCCUCUCUCCACGUCGCUGGAAAUAGUUCUUUAUUCAUUAUUUAAACACCGUAUUCAGUUUGAAGCAAUAUAGAUUCCCAAAACAAUUAGUUUUUUAUUUUUUUUAUUUGGAAUUNUUCUCUAAAGUUAUGCACCACUCAAUCCCUUUUCACGCCCAUGUACAACAAAGAAAAAUUCAUUGUCCAAUUUUUUUUUUAAAGUGUCCUAAACUUAAAAAAUAAUAUGUGUAACAUUUUAAAUAUCUGUUAACAUACCGAUUUAAUGUAUUGGUUACUUGCAAUGUGAAUAAAUAUUCAUAUAAAGAUUUUUAUUUGAAGGGAAAGUCCGAUUUACCAUUUCCUUAUCAUAAAUUUCACUUUUCUCCUCAACAUUUUCUUAUGGGAUUAUAUAUUUGAGGAAGCUCAAAGGCACGAGACAGAACACAGACGCUUUAAGAUGUUUCUGAAUCGUUAUAUCAUAAACAAUCUUCCAGAUUUGAGUUGCCUAUGCAGCCAAUUCUAGAAGCUAAAUGAAGGACAGUGGUCAAGUUUUUUUCCUUAUAGUUGACAAUCAUGGACAAUAUCAACUCUCCAGAUUUUUUUUUCUUAACGCUCUUAUUUUUUGCGUAGGAAAGUUUUUUGUGUGAAAUUGGAUGCCGUCUUUUAAUCUGGGUGGUUAUGACCUGCAUCUUCUCAAAAUAAAAGCAAAUAGGUCCUUUCAACCUGGAUAUUUACCAAGAGUACUAGACAAAUACGACGCGAUCGGUGAACAAAUCGUGGAGACGCAAUCACAGCUUGUCUUAAGUUAACGACAGGGAUUUGAUGUUCAGCCUUGUGUAAUAUAUAUUUAUUUUUUUUAAUUUUAUUUUAUUUUUUUUUAAGUUUUGAGACAACAAAACGCUGAAAAGUCUGCUUAAAUUAAUUUAAACUCUACAUUUCACAUAUAUUUUUUUAUUUUUUACAGAUUUUAUUUUCAUCAAACAAGCACAAGUCCAGUAUAUUGACAAUUUACGAACAUUGGAAUGUCUGAAGUGGUCUCAAGGCCAACAUAUAAACAAAGACUGGUGGAGUGCAUUCGGGGGGUAUUCUGUGAACGGACUUACACACCUCAGUUUUUCAAUGUCCUUCGUCACGAAUGGCCUGAGAUGCUUUCAGAGGAGGAUGUCGUAAGAAUAAUAAUUUUCAACAUAUGUAUGUCGUUGUUUUUGAGAUCACUUCGCACCAUUUGGGAUUUUAAGAUAUCAAACACUUUCAACAUAAAAUAUUGACCCUUAAAUAUUGAAAAAUUCAUUCUUUAAAGAUUUUUGCUCAAUUUCUUUUACUAUUACCGGUAUUUUUGUUGUAUAUUUAAUUUUAAUCACAAACUACAACGAUUUCUAAAAAAAUAAAAUAAGGUAUUGUUUUUGUGAUGUUCUUUUCUUAAUGAUUCUUAUUGUUGUAUGUUUCGUUUUUUUGUUACUAGGGUUUUAGAAAAGAUAUGUUGAGAUAAGUCCAAAAAUAAAUUAUACUUUGCUAUCUAAUUUUAUGAAUAGUUUUCAUAUUACAAAAGUAAUUAAUUACUUUCUUUUUAUCGGAAAGAAAAUUUACAAAUAGUAUUUAAAAUGUAGUUAGUCGUUUAGUUAAAGAAAUGUUCUUUAAGAAUGAAAUUAAAAAAGCUACAAAUGUGAAUUGUGUAGAAUAGUCAAAUGGCAUCUUGCUCAUUUGGCAAGCUUGUUUAUAUUAGAUGGUGUUAAGACUGAAUAGAUUUUUAUUUUCAUUUCCAUUUAAAACUAAAAAGAGAAACCUUACCCAGAGGGUUCACCCCCCAAACCUGGGAAGCCGUGAAAUACUGGAUAUCUUGAUAGUCCAUGAUAACUGGUUUGAUUGUAUUAUUGAGAUAUUAUCCCAAGACAGACUGCGUGAAUCAGAUUUAGCCAGGGAACUUUUAACAAUAAAAGGUCAGUUACAUCUAGCUCCACAUUUCAUACAAUGAAACUAUCGAAAGACGGAAGCUAUUAGUGUAUGGAACAUUUUUACAUCUUUUACGUUACAAAAUGGGUUGAUGAAUUAACCUUUCAAUAUAUAGAGUGGACAUAGCAUAGUAUAAUUAUGACUUUUUCUAAUAAUUAUGGCGAUGUUGAAUCAUAUAUAUAUAUAUACAGAAAGGACUAAACUUUUGGAUGAAAAGAUGACAAUAAUAUUUUUUUUCAAUCAACAGACAAUUUAGAUGAGAGGAUGCGUCACGAAAGAGAGUUAAGUACAAAUAAGUAUCAAAUAUAUCCCCGAUCAUUUUACAUAUUCAAGUAUUAAACUGUUGGAAGUGAACAUUUCUAAGGUAGACCUUGCCACCACUGCGUUGUAUUAUGGACUUUGUUAUCGAAUUUCAUUUGUUCCCAUUUAAAAUGUUGGCCCAUCCGUAAAAUAUUGGACAAAUAAUGUUGAUUCUGGCAGAUGUGGAGUUUGGGUAUUCACUGAUUUCUUUGCGCACCAAAUCGUGUGUUUUAUUGCGCUCGGUGUGUCUUGUGGGCCAGUUUAGCUAAGGAACGCGUUUGGCGUCAUUAGGCUUGUGACGUGUGACGACGUUUCUGAUUUGUAGCUGUGACGUCUUAAGUCUGUCUUUGGUAUAAGUGCCAUUCGUCUUCCAGUUGGUUUGAGAACAUUGUGGAAGAAGGGUGUGCUAUUUUAUUCCGUUUAUCUAUAGUUAUAACAAGCUGCGUUAUACAUGUCAUUGUGUUUGAUACACUGUAAAACCUGCUAGAGAGUUGUUAUCCGUGUUUGAUUCAUUGUACAGCCUGAUAGAGAGCUGCGUUAAACCUGUUUUUGAUGGACUGUACAGCCUGAUAUAGAAUUGCGUUACACGUGUGUUUGAUUCAUUGCACAGCCUGAUAGAGAUGCGUCACACAUGUAUUGUAUUCAUUAUACAGCUUGAUAGAGAGAAGAGUAAUAAAUGUGUUUGAUUCACUGUACAAAUUUACACACACACACACACAUAUAUAUAUAUAUAUAUAUAUAUAUAUAUAUAUAUAUAUAUAUAAAGCUUUUAAUUAGGCGUGUAUUUGAUUGUGUUCUGUACGCUUAUAACAGCCACUAUAAUUUAUAAUCUUAAAAUGUACGCCUCUCUCGCAGGAUCAAUCUCUUCCAGCGUCAAGCGUAACUGAAAGCCUGCAUGAGAUAAUAGUCGUGCAUGAUGACGAAAACCAAGACAAUGAACAAGUAGGUGCCUGUGUCAGCAUCGCAGUUCUUUAGAAAGACUUUGAGAGCUGCUUCACUGACCGAUAAUUGGCAAUUUCCUAAAAAUCGCUAUUUAAAAGUAAAAUAAUUAAACUCAAAGGAAGAUUUCGUCUUUCAUAGAAAAGAACAUCUUCGUAUCCUGGAUUGUUUCGUUAUUUAUCAAUUAUUUAUGUUCGGACUUUUCUCAAAAUAAUUUUCUUUGUUAUUUUUCAUAUUGGACUUUCCACAUGGGACUUUGCAUAAGGUAGUCAUAAUGAAACUGGAUUAGGGGGUCAGUUAGGUUCCCUAAUUAAGUUUCUGGCUGACCUUUCAAAUAAGGGUUUUCAUUUUUAGGUUCAUUGUUUAAAAAAUACUUAAGUACGGUAACUAUUUUUGAACAAAAUGUGGUUUUGUUGUUCAUGUUUUUAACUAUAGCGUGCUACCGGUUUAAAUCUUACUAGAAUAUUAUGUUAGCCUUGAAUGGGAUUAUUUUUAACGAUAUUAUUAAAACGUUAAUCUAAGUAUUUAUGAGUAUUAGUAAUAUUACUUAUUUACUUUAAAAAGAAAGUACAGUCUAAAAUGUUUUUAUAUGUGAUUUCAAUGUUGGACAUCACAAUUUUACCACUCUCCAGCUAAUUUUACAAAGUAUUAACCCUUUCAGGCCCAAUCCCUUCCAAUGCCAAAUAGAACUGAAGCGCCUCCGGAGAUUCCGGAAGUUCAAAGUGCCCAGGACCAGGAGAAUGCAUGUCCACGCUGUAGCUCUGUGGUCACACUUGUGCGUGAAGCUGGUGGACCUUACGAGCCUGGGCGGUGUUUGGCCAUGUAUAGCUCUGUAGAGAACACUGUACUCAAUGUGGGCUAUUUGAGAACUCAGGAGCCCCAAUUCUGUGCCUAUGCCAACAAUUCAAACAAGUAAGUAAACAAAUGAGAUUCUCAGAAAAAGAAAAUAAGCAUGAUUACAAAAUAAGCAUGGCCCCAGUAACAAACACACACAAACACAGAUAUAUAUUGAUCUAGUUUAACAACAAUGUAAAUUAGGUCGUAAAAAACGCUAAACAAUACCAGUAGCAUAAUACAAUGUAAAUUUAGGGCUAGAAUUAUCAAUAUUUUACAGAUACAAGUAAGGAUAUUUAUACAUUGCCUCACUUUGUAAAAUCAUAUUCUGAAUUAAACUAAAUACGUAAGUCCGUAUAAGUUUGAGGUAUCCAUCAUUAACUGAUAGAAUAUUUUCACUUUUUUUUUAGGUCGAAUUUUCGUUUGGCUUGUAUGGUCUACGAAAAAUGGGUAGCUCAGUUUGUUAGAAAACCAAGUCAACUAGAGGUCCCUCAAUGCGUUCAAGGUCGUAUUGGAACAAUGUUUCCUUGUGGAAGGAGAAGGCGACAAAACAGGAGAAUGUAAAAUAACACCGAAAGUGAGGGGUCAGUUAAGGAGAGUAUGAACAACUUCGCCUCAUCCGAGACCUGUCAUUCCAUUGAACCAGACCUAAUGGUGUCCCAGAGGUUGACGUCCAAUCAUCACUUGUCCCUGUCUCAACUAACAAAGUAUUUGUAAAGAAAGAUCCCUCAAAGAUUAAAUGGUGUUAAAG